GCUGAGGGCUUUGGGUCCGGUCCGUCGAACCUCCAAAACAAACUGCAGCACCUGGAGAGCAGCAAGAAGCAAAAUAAACAAAUAAACAAAUAA